AUGUCAGGAGACGCUACAGUGCACGACACAGCUGCUGGACUGCACGAAGUCGCGCUCGACGACGCUCCACCCGUCCGCUCGCUCGCAACUCCCAGCUUCGACUCGCCGGUACCGCUUCAGGGGCGGGAAGUGGUUGCCGACGGGCGAGGUGGAGACAUUGGGAUCGAUGCGGACGCGACCGAAGCUGGACAGGCGGGCAAGAAGGCAGAUGGCGGCCGUUUCUCACGAGCGGACGCGACACGGACUGAUGAGGGAAUGAACGGCGACGGAGGCUUCGAGGCGGUCUCUCUGGGCGACGAACAGCCCGGAAACCCCUCCACAACGAUCCAGGAGAACGGCGACACCCCCCAUCGCUCGUCUACACCACCAUCUCCCGCCUCUCCCGCACACACCCCUCCCUCGACACCUCCGCCUCACAGCCCGAGCGUCGUCUCGACCGCGCCAACCACGACCAUAGACCCUUCGUCAUCUCAGAAUGUCUCGACACCGCCCGAGACUGCCGAGACGGAUGCGAAUGGCGCUGGAGAAGCGGGGGUGAAGGCUGCGACGCCCGCUCCCACGCCGCAGAAGAAGCCGGUCAGCACGCGCAAGCAGACGGUGAUGCAGAAGGUUGUGUCGAUGACGAGGCAGCGGACACUGCCGCCGAAGAGCAAGGAGGAAGAGGAGAAACACCUCGAGCAGCUCGCCGAGAUGUUCGCCGCGAGUCGAGAAGUCGAGAAGCGCCGCCGCUCAGAAGCAGAAGCUCGCUCCGCGCUGCGCGCAACCGCACUCGCGACCGCCUUCCCCGUAUGGGAGAAGUCGAUCCUCCCGAACUGGCGAGUCGUCCUGCAUGACGAUGCGCAAGGGCGACGACUACGCGACUUGUGGUGGGACGGCACGAUGCCUGUCCGAUGGCGCGGCAGGCUGUGGGCCAUGUGUAUCGGGAAUGGGCUGGCUGUCGGCAAGAACGAGCUGAGCAAGGCGAGCGAGCGGGUUAGGGCGUUGCGAGAAGCGGGCAAGUUCGAGGAGGUGGAGAGAGCGGCGAAGGAGGAUGUCGAGCGGGUCUUGCCGGCGCUGAAGUUGUUCCAGGAAGGACGGGUGAUGCACGAGGACUUGAUGGAGGUGUUGCUGGCGUGGUCGGUUCACGAAAAGGUGACGCCUCGAUAUGCCCCAGGACUCGCUUUCCCCGCCGCCCUCCUCAUCCUCAACAUGUCUCCCGCCGAAGCCUUCGUCUGCCUCGUCAACCUCGUCCAGAAAUCCUUCCUCCGAUCCUUCUACAGCGCCGAUCCCGACGAAGUCGAAGCCUAUUACCGCGUCUUCGACACCCUCCUCGCCGACUACAUGCCACGCGUCUACGCCAACUUCUCCGCCCAAGUCGUUCGACCCUCGCUCUACCUCUUCCCCUGGCUCUCGACUCUCUACACCGCCUUCCUCCCGCUCGACCUUGCGACGCGGAUAUUCGACGUCUUCCUCCUCGAAGGCGACUCGUUCGUCUUUCGCGUCGCCAUCGUUCUCCUCGAAAUCCUCGAGCCGCGACUGUUCAACCCGAAUCUGGACGAGCUGUCCGCCGUCUUUGAGGGAACCGACAAAGGCGCUGUCGGCGUCGUGCGCCGGGAGAAGGGGCUUCUCACGGCGGACGGAGGGUCUAUCGAGGAGCGGGACGGCGGGAUCAGGGUCGAAGUCGAAGACGUGUACAGUGAGAUGGGCGCGACAGAGGAAAGGGUGUUCGAGUUGUUGCGGCAGCUCGACUGGAAGGAGGAGACUUUCGCGAGGUUGGUGGAGCGGGAGUUGCCCGAGGUUGGAGUCUGA